GAGAGAGAGAGAGAGACACACAGAGUGAGAGAGAGAUGUUUGUGUGUUUCACGCGGUUCGAUUUCUGAUCGCAUCUGUGUGUGAUUUAUCUUCCCGCCUUCAUAUUCUUCAACACUUAUGUUAAACUAACAGGAUUUGAUUCUUUUUCUACUUUCACGACACUUUGUAUCGACUCACAGCGGAUUGUAAAGGCAGACAAGAGUGUCCCACCAGAGCAAUGGACUCCAAAGCCGAAGAUUAAAUUCUCAGGGAAUUUCAGCCGAGCGUCUCGUGAUGGUGGACACCAUCCCGUCCGGUCUGUUGGAGGCGUGUGUUGUUGUGGGAGUAUCAGACGAACAUCUGACAGAAUUAUGUCAGCUUCAGGGCAAAGACGGAGAGCUCCCCCCGGUGGAGGUGGAGGUGUUGCAGGUUCACGCUCCUCCGUUUGUUAAGAGAGAGAGUUCAAGUGACGGUCUGGAGAGUUCUCACGCUCCGGCCUUCAGCAGAGCCCAGAAACGACGCUCGUUCAAGAAGAAGAGAGAGAGACCCAUCUCCUUCAAUAGCGACUCUGCCAGCCAAUCAGCAGUCGCCACCUCAGAGGACCUGAGCGUACCUCAAAACAUCGACCUCAUGGCUCUGCAGCAGCUCUGUUUCCCAGAUGGUUUGAGGAUAACCAAUGAGAGCAGAGAAGACUCGUAUCAUUUCCUGGUGUUCACGGAUGUGUUUGGGAAUCAGACGCAUGGAGUGGUCGCUCAGUACUGUAAACCGGUUCAGUUUAACCAGGAUGGUGUGAUGCAUCUCAAUGGUAACCGGUCCUCCAAACUCCCGCGCUUAUAUACGACAUACAGCAUAUGUAUCAUUUCCAGAUACCCCUAUUAUAAUGCACUCAGAGACUGUCUGUCCUGUUUCUUGCUUCAGCUGAAGACCGUCCGGAUGUCAGAGUUUGAAGAGACGGUGAAGGAGUUCUCUGCUAAGUUGGCACUGGUGCCCAUCCCUCCUCCAGGGCAGCUGCACGUGGUGUUUAACCUCAGACCUCUUGCCAUCGAGCUUCCUUCGAGACUGGAUGCGGAUCGGCCUGUGGUGGAUCUUGAUCUUCAUCUGCCGUUUCUGUGUUUCCAGCCCCAACAGAUCCUGCAGAUCAUCAGCAGUCUUCUGAUGGAGCACCGGCUGGUGUUUCUCUCCACCGAUUGGUCCAAGCUCACGCUGAUGGCUGAGUGUUUCAUGAUCUUCAUCCAUCCUCUGCGCUGGCAGCAUCCGUAUGUGCCCGUGCUGUCCCGUCAGAUGCUGGACUUCAUCAUGGCCCCCACCGCCUACCUGAUGGGCUGCCACACCUUUCAUUUUGAUGAUGUCACCGAGGAAAUUGAGGAUCUGGUUCUUAUAGACAUCGAUCAAGGAACUGUAAUCUCUUCACACACUCCAGAGCUUUUGGAUGUGCCGCAGGCAGCAAAAAAUUGUUUUUUAUUCCGUUGUCAGGAUUUGCAGCUGCAUUAUGAUCUGGAGUUGUGUAACAGCAGCACACACACAGACAUCAAUGAUGUGCGCGCUCACAGGAGACGCUGGCAACACACGCUCAACACCGUCAUCAUGAAUGUCACCAUGGAGCUGAUCGUCAACAUCUUCAGUGAUGUGCAUGAGUUUCUGAACUACGAGCAUCGUGUUUUCAACAGUGAAGAGUUCCUCAGGUCCAGAGAGCCAGAAGAUCUCAAUAUCUACAAGAAGGUCUUGGACACUCAUAUAUUUCACUCAUUUCUGAGAGAUCGUUUGAACAAAAGGGACGACGCCUUCACUCGUAUGGAGAUGAGCCACCGCUCUGAGACUCGCAGGUUAAGAGCCAUGACGGAGUCUCCACGCAGACCCACUGUUGAGGAAAUCCGUAAGUUCUCCAGACCUGAGAACGGUCUGAACAAGAGGCUGGGGAUGAGCAUGCCGAACCUGGCUGAUGACAGAGUACUAAACACACCGGUCCGACAAAUGUCAAUGAAGGCCAUGUUCUCACAGUGCGGCACCUGGAAUCCCUCAAGAUCAAUCAAAACCUUUAAUCUCCCAGAAUUCCCUCCUCCGCUGGCCUUUCAGUACGUUCAGAACUAUUACUCUGAUCUCAUCAGUCGUCUGACCAAAGCCAUCGCCAUGGCAACCCCAGAUGACUCCGCCCUCCUGGCCCGUUAUCAUUACCUGCGCGGGCUGGUGAAUUCCGUCGCCGGGAGACGCGUGGACGCUCUCGGGGACUUCCAGAGCUUGUAUAAGACAGACGUGGACAUCUUUCCCUCUCAGCUGGUGAACACGCUGGUGGAUUCUCUGCCAGUGGAGGAGAGACAGUCGGCCGAGAGACGCACCGAGUUAAAGCGUCUGAUCAGCCGGGUGAAGAGGGACAAUGAGAGGGAGCGAGCGCGCCCACUGGAUGGCGGAACGAUCAAGAGGUUUGAACUGCCAAAGAAACACCUGCAUCUGGAUGAUUUUGUGCGGCGCGUGCAGGAGUCGGGCAUUGUGAAGGAUCUUGGCACCAUCCAUCGACUGUUUGAUGCUCUCACUGUGGGUCUGGAAGCCACAUCGCAGUCUGUAUUUUACCUUGAGAUGGAGGGUCAGCAGAAGCAGGUUGAUCCAGAGAUCUUCUGUUUCUUCUAUAACUUCUGGAAGGAGACUGAAGCAGCAGCUCAAGACGUGGAGUUACCGGCCGUGGUUCUGGAACACAUGGAGAGCAAUGAAUGUGUGUACAAGCUCUCGUCUUCAGUCAAGACCAGCCACGGCGUGGGAAAAAUUGCCAUGACCCAGCGCAGGCUUUUCCUGCUGACAGAGGGACGGCCCGGAUAUGUCGAGAUCACAAAGUUCAGAGAUAUUGAGGACGUGAAGUUAUCUUCAGCUGCGUUUCUUCUUCUGAGGAUCCCAUCCCUGAAGAUCAAGACGUCCCUCAGGAAGGAAACGUUUGAGGCAAACCUGAAGUCUGAGUGUGAUCUCUGGCAUAUGAUGAUCAAAGAGAUGUGGGCCGGGAGGAAGAUGGCAGAUGAACAUAAGGAUCCUCAGUUUAUGGAUCAGGCUCUGACUAACGCUCUGCUGAUGGACGCUGUGGUGGGCAGUCUACAGACUCAGAAAGCCAUCUACGCUGCUUCCAAGCUCUCGUACUUUGACAAGAUGAAAUCAGACGUUCCCAUGAUGGUUCCCAAGACGACAUCUGAGACCCUGAAGCACAAGAUCAAUCCGUCACUGGAUGUGACAUCACCUCAAGCUGUGGAUGUUCUGUGCUACACUCCUGGUCAGCUGGGUGUGUCGGAUCUGGACGGAGGUGGAAACCCAAAGCUCUGGUGUGCGAUGGCCAAUGGGAAGGUUCUGGUGUUUGAUGCUACCAGCUGGUCCAUGCAGCACAGCUCUGUUCAAGUGGGAACGUCACGUCUGAACUGUAUGCUUGCGGUGAACUCACAGCAGCUGUGGAUCGGCUCACAGGAUUCAAUAAUUUACAUCAUAAACCCUCGCAGCACGUCCUGCAAUAAACAUCUGACGGAGCAUCGCAUGGCCGUCACCGGAUUCGCUCUGGAGGAGAGAGCUGACAAGUUCAGUCAGACGGUGGCAUACUCGUGCAGCACAGAUGGCAGUGUGAUCGUAUGGGACGUGUUCAUGCUUCAGGUCAAACGGCAGUUCAGAGUGUCGUGUGAUGGGAUGUGCUCCAUUCAGAUUCACGACGGCAUGUUGUGGUGCUGUGCACGUGAUGGUCUGACAGAAGUCCGCAGGAACGGCGCUGUGAAUCGUAAGGUGUCACUUCCUGUUCACCUGUCGAGUUCUCCGGGGGGAUUCAGCAGUUUUCUGCUCUUUAAUGAGUCGGAGCAGCUGUGGGCCGGCUUCGCAGACGCAGGUGAGAUCUGCAUGUGGCACUGCAGAGACGUGAGCAGACCCAUCAUCAGAAUCCAGCUGAAAGACUGCGCAGGUGUCGUCUGCAUGAUCAAAGUCAAGAAACAGAUCUGGGUGGGAUGUCGCGGACGCAGCGCCGCAGGGAAAUCUCGUGGGAAGAUCUACGUGGUGAACACCGAGCGGUGCACAGUGGAGAAGGAGCUGAUCGCACACGCUGACUGCGUGCAGACGCUCUGCUCGGCUGAAGAUCGAUACGUGCUCAGUGGAGCUGCGCAGGACGAUGGCAAGAUCGGCAUAUGGAAGGUCGAGUAGAAAGGGUGAGGACAGCAUCUUAUACUGGAAAGACAAAAACUUCAUCUCCAGUUAUUAACAUGAUGAACAUGUGUUUGAACAUGAAACAGUAUACAGUACAUUACAAACAAACAUCAUCUACCUGAUGAGAUAUGAUGAAGGAAACACAACAUGCAAAUUAUACUUGUAUUCAUAUGAAGAUGAAAGUAUUCAUUUGUGUGUUACCUAGUGAUGAAGUCGCUUAUUAUUAAAGGGAAAGACACGUUUAUAUUCUUCAGUGUUAUUUCAGUAUUUAGUAGCUCACUCAUGACUCAAGUCGGAGGAUUUUCUUCUGUUUAUAGUGAACUAAAAACCAAAGAGGCGAGUGAAUGAGUCCAACAUCGCUGUAAAUCACAGGAUCAGUUUGUUUUAAAGAUCUUUUAGAUGCACAAAAAGCCAUUUAACAAAGUUCUGUUUAGGAUGUUUCACAAAAAUGGUAAAAAUGACAGUUUCAAACGUUUAUUUUGCAUGAAGUGCAGAAAUAUGACAUAUAUGCGUCCAUUUCGGCUCAGUUUGAUACAAUUUUACCACACUUUUUUGAAUAAUUAUUGCUCACAUCCUUUUAUAUUGCACGUACAGCUUUAUACAAAGAUCAUAGCUGCAAAUCUUUUGAAAUGCAUUUAAUUUGUGAUAUUUUUGUUCAACUCCCUGUCAUCACAUCAUUCCAACAAACUGUUUCUUUAUUGUAAAGUCUGUGAUAUCUGCCUCUGUUCUGCCAUCUUGUUACUCUGAACUAGUUUCAGAGACCUCUUCAGCUCUCUUCAAUCAUUUAGGAGCUGAACACUUAUGAACCUUUAUGAAUCACUCUUAUUCUUUUAUAUAUAUAUAAAUCACUCAUAUUCUUAAGCCUAGAAAUAAAUGACGUCAUUCUCAGACUUUUGAAACACUUAAGAGUGAGUUUAUACUUCAAAAGCUCAUACAUUUGGUCUCUUUAAACAUUGUUUCAUUUUACAAUUGCGAAAAUGCACUUUACUCUCUCGUCUUAUUUUUAAAUAACCGUUAUUGUUUUAUGAAUAUAAACGUUGUUUAUGUGUGUUAUCAAAGAAUAACUUUCAACAUCAAGAGGAAAUCUUAGUGAUGAUGUUGAAGCAAAAGGAGCUACUCUUUUAUAUAUAUUUGAUUUGUAAAGAUGUUUUGUACAAACAGUUUAUCAUGCUUUUUAUUGUAUCUAUAUUUAACAUAAAAUAAUAUUUAAUCAUUUUUAAACUGAUGUACUGUUUUAUGUUGAAACAUUGUACCGAGUCAAAUAUGUUCAAAUGUUAUUCUGACAUCGAAUCUGGGGUUAAAAUUGUAAUUUUUGGUAGAAAAUGUGUUUUAUAAAACUGUUUUUAUAUCUGUUCUAUCUAAUAAAUAUUUUUGAUGAAA